UCAACAAAUACCCCCCCUCCGCCUCUCUUCUUCCUCCUUAUUCAGUCACAUCAGUCCUGUCUGUCCCACCUCUCUUCUCAAAAUGGCCGACUUCUCUAGCAUCGCUCAACAGUUCGUUGAGUUCUACUAUCAGACCUUCGACAGCAACCGCGCCGGUCUUGCUGGUCUCUACCGCGAUGAGUCCAUGCUCACCUUCGAGGACAGCGCUGUCCAGGGUACCGCCGGUAUCACCGAGAAGCUGACCGGCUUGCCCUUCCAGAAGGUGCGCCACCAGCUCGCCACCCUCGACGCUCAGCCCUCCGGUCAGAACAUCAUCGUCCUGGUCACCGGUGCUCUCCUGGUCGACGAGGAGCAGAAGCCCAUGAACUACACUCAGCUCUUCACGCUGCACCCCGACGGUGCCGGCAGCUUCUUCGUUCUCAACGACGUCUUCCGCCUGAUCUAUGCUGCUUCCUAAAUUACCAUUAAGGAAGAAAGAUAGAAUGCUACGACGCAAUGACGGGGGAGGAUAUCUUUUUGUAAGGUGGGACUUUUACGUGUCCCCGGAAUACCAUUUCCUUAGGAUAUAGGUCACUCGGAUUCAAUAAGACACAGGCCCGGCUUGGUCCGUGGGACAAAAUUUCACAAUUUUCAAUUGGACAU